GCUAUGAUUACUGAUGGCGCUUCUUGAAAUAUAUCGUUGUCCAGUGUUGAGAGAAAUACACUUUCCGUUUUUUCACAUUGGGACAGCAUUCCAGCUAAUCAUAACUAUAACUUCUCUUAUAGUUCCUUUCUUUAUAUGCUAUCGUUCAGGUGGAUUUUGGUUACGGGAUUCAAUUUAUAUUGAACAACCACAAAUACGUUUUUUAAAACAAGUCUAUAUUGAAUUGAAAGGAUCACAUCAAACCAUUUAUGCAUGGAGUACCUACACAGAUUUAAAUAAUCAACUCUCUUCUAAUCUUAUUAUUCCAUAUAUGUCUAUUCAACAAUUAGAUGAUGAUUAUAAUGGAAUAUAUGAUAAAUUAAAAUUGAAAUUUCAAAUUCCAAUUGAAGAUAAAAUAAACAGUUUAUAUAUAUUAUUACUAUUCAGUUAUCAAUUGAAUGAACGUGUAAAUUUUAUAAUGCAAACUCCAUUAAUGAUUCAAUUUGAUACACCAAAUGUAUUGGGAUUUUGUAAAUAUUCCAUGUAUGGACAAUUAUCACUGUAUCAAAGAGAACCUUUACUAGAAGGUUAUAUGAAUACAGUUUAUAAUAAUUCAAUUAUCAAUAAUGAACAGCAUAAUCUCAAAGAUAUUCAAUUGGAAACAGUUCAAAAGUUUUUGAAUAAACGACAUAUAACAUUAAAAAUUGAUCCAAAAUAUGAAACUUGGACAGCCGGUUCUGCAAAUUUACUAAAUCCAUUAGUACUAAAUUUAACCUUGUUAUAUAAACCAAACAAAGUAUGUAAUUGCUAGAUUUGAAGCUAUCACGAGUUCACUUAAUCUGCGAACUAGAAACAAGACUCGGUGACCAAAGAUCAGUAAGCUAAAUAUUGAUGCCGCACAGCCCCGCUAACUAGAAAGAGAAGUCCAAGCUUGGAAUGGGAAGGUAUAUUCUGCAAACAGUCAGAAACGAGCGAUAACAACAAACACAAUUCAAAACGUAUAUAUAUACAGUACAAAACCUUCCUUGGGGAGAAUUACCAAAUAGCAUACUAAAAGACGCAACGGACCAAUAACAAUUAAGAUAUUUCUCAAGUGGGAAAUACGACGUGAAGGUGACAAGAGCGCUUUUGGCGCGAAAACAAAAAAAUUGAAAUUUUCUAAAUAACAUUACAAAAUUAGGUCCUUUCCCAAGUGAGUUCUGGGGAUCUAACGUCCCCAACAGUUAUACUUGUCGAUGUGGAUUCCGGAGAGUCCCAAAAAGGAGCACCUAUCAAGAUUAGAAAUAAAUCUUCCUGGAGAAUCCCAUCAAUCAUCUAACAUCUCUUAGUCUUUUCUGUUUUUUUAUAUGUGCAACUGAUUUCAGUAGUAUUAGUCCAUUUUAUAGGUGAAUACUAUUCAAGAUUUUGUAAGCAGCCUUAUUUAUGAAUCUAUAAUCACGAUCUAAUUAAGCGUAAAAGCCUCGAAACUAAAUGGUAAGACUUAUCUUAAACUGAGUUAAAAAUUUUGAACAAUGAAGUGUCUGAGUUUGUUCUCGAGAGUGCGCAUCCACGAUUUCGCUCGCGCGAUUCGAACCCAGGGCCUUCGUUCUCGCUCGCGAACGCUUAACCAACUGGACCACUCGGCCAGUGCGCAUCCACGAUCUCGCUCGCGCGAUUCGAACCCAGGGCCUUCGUUCUCGCUCGCGAACGCUUAACCAACUGGACCAUGAGUGUCUUCGCCAGCAGUGUCUCAGUUUAAUUACCCUAUCGAAGACAUACUCAAACAACAGUUAAUGAUAAUAAACGAAGUAGUAAGUUUAGAAAGUAGCUAAUUGGUUCAAUAUAGAUAAAGCUUCAAAGAGUACAGUCAUUAAAGAACAUCAGAUGAAGGAGAAAGUGAUACUAUUACAAAUGGAAAGACGAAUAAAAACAAGUUGAUACUGCAUAGCCCAUUAAAGUGGUUGAGUAAUAACAUAACUACUGAUUAUUAAUAAGUAGCAUAAAUGGGUACCUCAAAAACUUAAGGAUUAAAUCAGUCUUCUAAGAAUGGAUGAAGUUUUUCGAUUGAUUGAAAAUCUCUCCAACUAAUAUCUUACAAAUAUUCAUUUCAUCUAAUAAUAAUUGUCGAAACGGACAUAUUGCAUUAGUGUUCCUGCAAUUCUGACCUAUUCUAUUCGUUAGUGAAUCUAGUAUUUCUUUGAAAGCUAUACAGAUCUCAAAAAUGAUGUUAAGAGUGAGAGAGGGGGUGGAGUUACACAAUUGUCAAUCUCCUGUGUUGAUAAAAACAUAGAACAUAUGUAGUCCUUUUUGGCUUAUAAUCAUUAAUUCACUGUUUAAAUGAUUGUUAACGAAGUGACUUUAAAAAGAACCAUCCAUCACAUGAUUCAAGCAGAACUUUUAUGACGAACUGUUAGAAUGUUAAAGUAUAAAGGUAUUGAAGAAAUUGACCUCCUAGAACUUCAGUUAGUUUAUCUGUUGAACGUAGCUGCUUUCAAUUCCUACAAAAGAACCUAUGAAGUGUUAAUCACAAAUUGGUCAAAUAGUAAGUACGCGCUACAAGCUAAUUUCUGGCUUCCUUUCCUCAAGAACGAAGCAUAAAAUGUUAAUCGAAUAUAAGGCUUAAAUAUGUAUAACUUACUUACGCCUGUUAACCCAAUGCAGCAUAGGCCGCUGACCAGCAUUCUCCAACCCACUCUGUCCUGGGCCUUCUUUUCUAGUUCCGUCCAAUUCUUGUUCAUUUUUCUCAUGUCUAUCUCCAUUUCUCGGCGUAAUGUGUUCUUUGGUCUUCCUUUUUUCCUUUGACCUUCAGGAUUCCAUGUGAGGGCUUGUUUUGUGACGCAGUUGGGUGCUUUCCUCAAUGUGUGUCCUAUCCACUUCCAGCGCUUCUUCCUGAUUUCUUCCUCCACUGGGAUCUGGUUUGUUCUCUCCCACAGUACGUUGUUGCUAAUAGUGUCCGGCCAACGGAUCUGAAGUAUUUUGCGUAGACAAUUGUUAAUAAACACCUGUAUUUUCUGGAUGAUGGCUUUCGUAGUUCUCCAGGUUUCUGCCCCAUACAGUAGAAGUGUCUUGACAUUUGUAUUGAAAAUCCUGACCUUGAUGUUGGUUGACAGUUGCCUUUGAGUUCCAGAUGUUCUUCAGUUGUACACAUAUUUCUCGAUCCAUGUUAGUCAAUAAAGCUUUCAUCUCAUUCAAUCAACCUGUUAGACUUGUAUAUCAAAAGCAUGUGUAUCAGUAUCAACAUUGAAUAUAAGAAAGUACAACAGUUUCAUCUAAGAAUCUCCAAAAUAAAAUGUUGUUUUAUUUUUCUACCAGGAUAUAGCUUAUAUAUUCAAUUUGAUUUCAAUCAUCAAUGAAAUGAUUUUCCUUAACCUAGUUACUUCUUUCCAUCCCUUCCCCCCCUCUUUAUUUCUUUGAAUAAGGUCCCAUCCAAAUCUAUUUCAUAUGUUAUGGUGGGGAUGGAUACAAUAUUUUCCUAUUUUAUUAUUUAGUCUUUUUAUUGGUGAUCGAAUAAAAGCAUUUGUUUAUGGACAUCAUUUAAUUCAUGGAUUUAUUAUGAAAUAUGAUAAGAUUUUAUAUAAACAAUAACUGUGUUACCCACUCACCCCCCUCUCUCUCUCUUGUUACUAUGCCAAAUUGAAAUCAUAACAGUCAAGAAUGGAAGUAGUAUUGUUUUUUCUUUGCAAAAUCAUUUGUACUAUAUAUUGUUUAAAUAGUUAAAUCUUUGUAAUUAUAUGUGAAUUGUUUUAUUCACCGUCUUUUUCACUUCAUUAAAAGUGGUUAAAACGAUCUCUUACUAAGUGAUCGGUAUCAACAGAAAAGUCAUUGAGAAAGAGGAAGUCAUAAGUUUAUGGAUGAUCGAUGGCGUCAUUUAUCUAGCCGUUGCUCCUAAAUAGCCUGUUACGGCUGAAGGUGUAAAGACUUAGCUCUCCGUCUCGAAAUGCUCUUAUAUGGCCACGCGUAUACAACUACUUUCAGGGAAGUUCUACUUAUUACCUCCUUGUGGUGAGAGUGUUGUUUACCAAAUUAAAAAGAUGGAAAGCGAAUUCUAGCGCUUUAACCAGGUUGAUGGAUAUGGAGAAUCCGCGUAGGGGAG